AUGGCGGAGGACGAAGACGGUGUUUCGGAAAAGAACUCUCCCCAAAGUUUAAAUAAUGAGGAACAAGCACAAGAAACUGAGCAAAAUGCGUUACAACCUGACCUAGGUAUUGAAGUAGCGGGACAUGGCGAUAGUGAGAACGGCGUGGCAUCUCCCACCGAGUCAAAAAGACCGUCUUCCAAGUCGACGGGAGCAACGCGGAAGGAAGAGAAUCCGUUUUCGUUCCGGCAUUUCUUAAAGAGGGAUCUAUCGUUGCCGGGCACUUCAACUUAUGAGAACACGGGGGCUCGACCUAAGGUGUACGCCAAUACAGUGCAGCACUCGCCAACUCGGGUCGAAGGGCAUGCCGAGUCGCGCCGGGACAAGGUCCGAGCACUCGACACGCAAGCCAAAGAGAACAACGCCUGUGAUAAUGCGUCUUGUAGUAAUUCCGUAGAAAUACCUCUAAGUGUAGUGGAUAAUUCCGAUUCCAAAAAUAAUUUUUAUUCAGCCAGUAACAAUUCGCCCUAUUACCAUAAACCAAAUUUAGCUUCCGAGCCUUUAGGCAUGCCCUCAUUGCCUGACUUUGUUCAGGACCAUAUAUUAGUGGAACAGGCAUAUCUUAAUACCAAUGGACCUAUCUCUGUUGAUUUGGACAAUUUGCCAGACUUUACAUUUAAUACUAAUUUUAAUGCUGGGUCAUCAUCAUCUCUUGGUAGAAGGAAUAACAGUUAUGGAAGUAAUAGGGGGUAUGAUUAUGAGGAGUACAUGGGUGCAGUGUCAGCUUCGAAUGAUUCUGGAUCUGGACGAAAUAUUCCACUUGACCUGCCAGAGGGAGCUGAAGCUGCAGGGCCAGUACCACUGGACUUGCCUCCCCACUUGAGCCUGGACCUCACUGACUCUGUGAAUCCUAGUGACAGGAGAAAUGUGUCACCGAGAAAUACAUUUCCAUUAGAUCUGCCACCAAAUGCAGGAGCAGAAUCGAUGAGGUUACCAGAUUUUCUGCCUGUACACCCAGGAAGAACAUCCCCAGAGCCAGAGCACCAGGAUGAACAGCUUCAACAGAUCAUGUCUGAGCUUGAAAGGACCAGAUCGGAAUUGUUCACGGAGCGCAGCCGGCGAUGCAGAUUGGAAGAGGAAAUCUCCCGCCUGCGAGCCUCUGAGUCCGAUCUGCGAGCUCGGCUCCGGGAUUGCACCCAGGACAGACAAUACAAAGGACAGCUUGACGCAGCCGUCUCCACUGUGGAGAAUAAUUUUAUGGAUGCUGCUGUGAGAGCAACAGAGGCUGAAUCUACAAUAGAAAGACUUAAAAAACAAAUAAAGAAAUUAAAGGAGGAGCUGGCGGCGUCGGAGGCCGAGGUGGCGGGUCUGCGCGCCGGGCAGCGGGGCGCCGCCGCACAGCUGCGCCGCGCCACCAGGCUCGCCGACACCUCGCUCAGAGAACUCUUGGCGGGACUCGGACAACUGAACACGCUCAGCUCGACGCUGGACCCGACAUGACGCGACCCGGCACGUCCGCUGUAGUCUAGCUCCGACCACAGAACAUAGUGAAUAAAAAACCGAUGUUGUCUACGGUAACAAAGUGUGAAAUAUCUUAUGGCUUGGAAAAGGACUGGAAUUUGUUAACUUACUCGUUUUGCGUUUCAUAACAUUACAAUACAGCAUAGUGUAAAUAAAAGCUUUUUAAGCAUUCGAUUAAGAUAAAGCUAGUGAUACAUAUAUGUAUUAUAUUUUAAAGUCAAUCUUAGAAUUGAAAUUUGUUUUAUGUAUUGUACUGCAAAUGAGUUUUGUUUAUAAAUUUGAGCCACAAAAAUAAACUGUUAUUGGUUAAAUUAAAUUCAACGGCUGAGCUCACAAGCUGCACGGUGGCCGGAUCUCCACGCACUGCAGCUCACCGGAUGAGAGUUUCUCUGCCUCUGUAGCAGUAGAGGGGCAGCAGACUGGUCUGGGACAGACGCUGUCCCGGGAAGAACUACAGCUACUGAUGUUACUAAAUAAAACUAAUGGAUGUUGUUAUGCAGUAAUGUAUCGUCAACUAUUCGAAAUUAAUUCAAUUUUUAUUUGUUUGUAGGCCCUUUAAUCUCAGCUUUUCAAAAGGUCAAAAUGCCUUUUUAUUUAAAUUAAAAAUUUUAAAGACUCGAAUGAUUAGAAGGAUCAUAAAGUUUUAACAAAAAGAUUUUUUUCAUGACCUGUAUUAUUCCUUCAAGGGAUGUCUAAUGCUUGUUAUACAUGCAGAUUUGUACGCAAGCUCUGGAAACUCUCAGAAUUAGCAAUCUUUGUAAUUUGAGAGACAAAGUCGGAAUUUCUAAUAGUUUUAAUAGUAUGUCAAUAUUAGGAAUAACAAAAACUAAUCUUUUUACUUAUUCCAAACUGGCAAAUAAUAUCUGUUACGUACAUUAUUGCAUGAAACAGUCCUAUUCUGUACAUAUUCAAUACUAUGCAUACGUGUGUUUCAACUGCCCGUUUUCGUAAAUAUUCCAAAGAGUGUGAGUGUAUCAUAAAUGUGUAGUUUUUAGUGUACUGUAGUAUCUAAUUUAAAAGAAUAAGAUUGUUUUUAAAAUCAUUCUCAUUGGUGUUACAUUGAAUAGGGGCUUAGUGUAUUAGUCGCUGGAAGUAUGACCAGCAUUCUCGUGUGUAUUAUCAAUCUCCUCCAAUCGUAUGAUCGAGGCAGUGCUGUAUGCUCUAGAUCGGAUUUUGUCUUUUACAAUGACGGUCAGCUUCCACCACGGUCGUGAGAAAAUAUAGUGCGUCCUAGAACUACUUACAUUGAGUUUUGUAAGGCGUAAUCAUUUUUGUGAGAUCAGUAACGUGAUACCUCAAGUAUGAGCUAUAUUGUUUUGCAAACCAUACCCAGUGCCUAUUAAAGGUACCGUGUGCGAAAUAGACUAUUUCAGAAUAACGAAUUACAAUUUUGUUUUUUGUAUCCUCUGUGAAUUUGUUCCUUCGUCCUAUUUUUAU